CCAAACCCUCUUUUUUCCCAAUUCUUUAUUUGGGUGCUUUUUAGAUUCUCCUACGCGCUGUUGCGGUGCAUAUAUGCAUCAUCUCUAAGGCCAAAACCCAAAAGCACAGAGACCCAUCAUCACAGGCGUUUUUCCUAAGCUGAUUCUUUCCCUUUAUACCUCUGUUUUCAAGCAGAGAGAUUCAGGGUUCUGUGACCUAUACAAAUAUAUAUAUUAAUAGACGUGGUGAGAGGAGAUGGCUGGAGAGGGUGAGGCGGCUGCGGCGGUGAGCGGUGGUGAAUUGCCGGUUAAGAGGCAGAGAGAGGACGGACAGAACGGUGAAUCUGUGUCGGUUGAGAUGGAGGAUGCCAACAACAACAACAACAACGCCGCCGCCGGUGACAAAGAGGAGCAGUGUUUCUCCUCUGUUAUCCCUGGCUGGUUCUCUGAGAUUAGCCCAAUGUGGCCUGGAGAGGCACACUCGUUAAAGGUGGAAAAGGUAUUGUUUAAGGGGAAGUCAGAUUACCAGGAUGUCAUGGUGUUUCAGUCUUCUACUUAUGGUAAGGUGCUUGUUUUGGAUGGUGUGAUUCAAAUCACAGAGAGAGACGAAUGCGCUUACCAAGAAAUGAUUACUCAUCUCCCGCUUUGUUCAAUUCAGAAUCCCAAGAAGGUAUUGGUUAUUGGAGGAGGGGAUGGUGGUGUCUUGCGUGAAGUGGCUCGCCAUGCUUCUGUUGAUCAGAUAGACAUCUGUGAGAUUGAUAAGAUGGUGGUCGAUGUUGCCAAACAAUUUUUCCCUGAUGUAGCUGUCGGGUAUGAGGAUCCCCGUGUAACUCUCCACAUAGGCGAUGGGGUUGCGUUCCUGAAGAAUGUUGCUGAAGGAACUUAUGAUGCUGUUAUUGUGGAUUCAUCUGACCCCAUAGGUCCUGCACAAGAGUUGUUUGAAAAGCCUUUCUUUCAAACGGUGGCAAGGGCUCUUCGCCCCGGGGGGGUUGUGUGUACACAGGCCGAGAGCAUAUGGCUUCACAUGCACAUCAUUGAAAAUAUCGUGGCAAACUGUCGCCAAAUUUUCAAAGGCUCUGUCAACUAUGCGUGGACUACGGUUCCUACAUACCCAAGUGGGGUUAUCGGUUUCAUGCUUUGCUCUACUGAGGGGCCAGCGGUUGAUUUCAAGCACCCGAUCAACCCGAUAGAUGAAGUUAAUGAUGCUAACUCAAAAUUGCCCCUAAAGUUCUACAACUCCGAGAUUCAUUCUGCGGCCUUCUGUUUGCCAUCAUUCGCGAAGAGGGUGAUCGAAUCAAAGGCGGAAUGAAAUGGGAGAGAUGAUGAAAUGUGUUUUUUAGGGGUUUUGAGUUGAUGCUUUAAGUAGGCAAACUCUUUUGAGUUGCAAGAAGAGUUUGUAUCCAUAUUCAUUUCGUGGAUUGGUUAAAGACUUUGAAAUAUGGGUCAAGUGUCAAACUUACAAGUAGUUUUAUUAUUACAUAAAAAAUAUUACAUUGAUGCUUUAUUAUGGGCAUAGUCAAUUUGAUUUGAUUUAUUACAACAUAUCUACCAUCAAUAAAAAUUCUUCGCAAUUCUGUGUCCAA